UGGAUUCUCCCGCCGGAGCGAUUCGCAUAGACGAACAUAGCCAAGGUACCUACCGGGAAAAGGAGACAGGGAGAGCAAGUCGACUGCGUGCCGUGGCCGAGGCGAAUCAACCCACGAUGUCGCAAUCGCCGAUCACUGGGUACGGCACCUUGUCCAGCAACUCGCAGCCGGCCCCGGGCGUCGACGGCGACGAUGGCGACGUGCAGCCGUUACUGCAGACUAGAAGGAGCGGUAUCUGGGUGCCCUCCCGGCUGGAGAAGUGGCGGUCCAACAUGAUGGCCGACGUGCGGCGCGACUGGGCCGACUUGAUCCUGCUGGCCUGUUACAUUAUCACCGGCCUGCUCGACAGCGCGUCGAUAUCCACCUGGGGAUCCUUCGUAUCCAUGCAGACAGGGAACACCGUGUACUUCGGCCUCGGCCUCGCUGCGCCACACGAGUCGACGCGUUGGAUCAAGUCGGGGACGUCGCUGGGCUGCUUCUGCGUCGGCUCCGUCUUCUUCAGCGCCCUGCACCGCGUGCCCACCUCGUCGCCCAAACGGCGCUGGGUUCUUUGCGCCUCCUUCGUCGCCCAGGCCAUCUUCAUAACCGCCGCCGCUGCCAUUCUCACCUUCGGGCCCCAGACUGACAGCGCGACGAGGAGGGAGGCUAUCGACUGGACUGUCCUCGUGCCCAUCGCGCUCGUCGCCUUUCAGAGCUGCGGACAGGCUGUCGCGAGCCGUGCCCUCAAGUACAACGCCCUUACGAGUGUCGUCCUCACCAGCAUAUACUGUGACCUCUUCUCCGACGCCGAGCUCCUCUCCCCCAAAAAUCCCGAACGCAACCGCCGCGUCGCGGCGCCCCUACUGCUCCUCAUUGGUGCUGUCCUCGGAGGCCUUCUCGCCCGCAGCCCCGUCGGCACUGCGGGCGUCCUAUGGGUCGCCGCUGGCAUGAAGAUGAUCGUCGUCUUUUCGUGGUUGCUCUGGCCCGCUGAGAAGGGGAAUGACUGGUAGCCAGCUUCUCAUCGUACCCGGUUGGCUACCUGUC